UUUGGUUUUUCUACAGAUAAGAAAUGAUCGAGAAGCGCUUCGCAAGUGGCCAAGUCAAAGAGCUCAUCGAAGAGGCACAGGACAAGCUCAAACUCAUCUCUAAGACGUUCCAUAUCAAUGGGCAGCCCCAGAUCCCUGUAGGAGGAGGAGGAGGAGUUGGAGGUGGUGGUGGUGGUGGUGGUGGAGGUGGAGGUGGACAUGCACAGAAACUAACAACCAAUGAUGCCUUAACUUACCUCAAAGAAGUUAAGGAAAUGUUUCAAGAUCAAAGAGAUAAAUAUGACAUGUUCCUUGAUGUCAUGAAAGAUUUUAAGGCUCAAAGAAUCGACACUACUGGUGUCAUAGCGAGGGUGAAAGAACUAUUCAAAGGGCACAACAAUCUAAUCUUUGGGUUCAACACCUUCUUGUCAAAGGGUUAUGAAAUUACCCUCAUUGAUGAGGAAGAGCCCCCGACAAAGAGAACUGUUGAGUUUGAAGAAGCUAUAAGUUUUGUAAACAAGAUAAAGAAACGUUUCCAAAAUGAUGAUCAUGUAUAUAAAUCAUUUCUUGAGAUCUUGAAUAUGUACAAAAAGGAGCAUAAGGGCAUUACUGAGGUCUACCAUGAGGUUGCUGUACUUUUUUCAGACCACUCAGAUUUGCUUGAUGAGUUCACAAGAUUUUUGCCCGAUACUUCAGCUAUAGCAUCAGCUCCACAUGUUCCACUUGGCCGACAUUCUUUUCAUCGCAAUAAUGCGAAGAGUUCUGCUAUGACCACAUCACGGCAUGUACCUGCGAACAAGGUAAAUUCUUGUUUCCUUUCAUGGUUUCUUUAAUUGUGAUAACUUCUACCCAAAUUUUACUGAAAAUUAAGUUGGGUUUCCUCCUCCCCUUAACUCUCUGUGUACUCUGAAUCUUGUAUAAUAGCCUAAUAUAAGAGAUGAAAAAUCCUGAAAAGGAAGAACCAGACAAAAACCAUAGAGAUUUAGUCAGCAUAACUAAAUUUAAAAAAUAAAAUGCUAUUCACUGUUUAGUGGGCGAAUAUUAGUGUUAAUGUACCUAUAAAAAAUGUAUUAAAAAAAUGUUAAAUAUACAAAAAUGUUUCGAAAUAUAUAUAAAAUGUGUAUUAAAAUUAUAAUUAUUUUGAAAUUAUCUUUAUUUUAACGAAAACACGGUAAGACUAACAAUCAUUAGCAUGACCAAGAAAGCUAAAACAGAGAAGAUUACUAACAUGAUUUUGACUAUUUCAGACAACUAAACAUGCUCUUGAUUUUUCAUUACAUAGAACUUGAAUUAAACAAGAUUGAAUAUAUUCUUAUUUUCUUUUAGUGAUAUUUCUCAGGAAAUG